AUGGAGAAUCCAUUUAAGAUUCCAAAAAAUGAUGUUGAUAUGAAUAAUAAUAAUAAUAAUAAUAAUAAUAAUAAUAAUAAUAAUAAAAAUAAUAAUAAUAAUAUUUCAAAAAAUAUACAUAAUAGUAUACAUAAUAAUAUACAUAAUAAUUAUUAUUAUAUAAGUAAUAAUAGUAAUAUAGGUAAUAUUAAUAAUAACCCCAAUAGUAGCAUUAGUAGUAAUAACAAUAUAUUAUUAAGAAGUAGCACAAUAAAUAAUAAGUUAUUAUAUAAUACAUAUCGUGAGAAUAUCAACAUAUUAAAUAAUAAUAGUAAGAGUAAUAGUAGUAAUAGUAGUAGUAGUAGGAGGAGUAGUAGUAGUAGUAAUAUUAGUUUACUUAUGAACCCAUUAGGAAAUAAUAAUAAAAUAAUAAAAAAUCAAGAAUUUAAUAACGAGUAUUUAAAUAAUAAGAAAAGCCCGAUUGAAGAAGAUAAGAAUUUUAAUCUUGUAUAUAUAAAUAAUAAUUUAUUGUUUAAUGAAAAAAAUAAUAAUAUUAAUACAUAUACAAGAACGUUAAGUUUUAAAAGUUGUAAUAAUGAAAAUAUCCAUGAUUAUAAGAACGAUAAAUAUUAUGCCAGUCAUAUUAAGCUUUUAGAAAACCUUGAAAUUGAUCAAUUUGUUGGUGAUCAUAAUUCUAACGUGUUCAUUUCUAAUAAAGAGAUCAAGUCUGGUAUAAAAGCACAUAUAAGAAAUAAUAAUUGUAUGAAUAAUAUUGAAAACAAUAAUAUAAAUAAAAAUAAUAGUACUAGUAAUAAUUUUAUUAGUAAUAAUAUUGGUAAAUAUCUAACUUGUGGUUUGAAUGAUCAUAAGAUAAUUAAUAUAAACAAUAACAGCAACAAUAAUAAUAAUAUUAAUAUUAAUAGAAAGAAUAUAUUCUUGUCCAAUAAAAUAAACCCUUUUAUUAACGCGCAAGGGGUACAUUCUAUAAAAAAUCUUAUAGGGGAAAAGCUCAUAAACAAUAAUAAUAAUAAUAAUAAUAAUAAUAAUAAUAUUAAUAAUAAUAAUAGUAAUAAUAGUAGUAAUAUACCUAUGAACGAUAGUAAAUAUAAUAAAAACGUCAUAUUAGAUAAUUUUAUGGAAAUUAGAAAUAAGAUAUAUAAUAUUAAGAGAGAAAAGACUGAUUACGAAAAAGAAGAAAAAUAUCUUCUUCAUUUAAAAGAUUUAGACAAAUAUAAAAAUAUAUCCAGCACGAAUAAUAUCAGACCCAAUCAAAAUAUGACACACAAUAAUAUGAAUCACUACGAUCAUAUAUAUGGUUUUUCUGAAAAAAAUAAAAAAAAAGAACAAGAACUAUUAAUGAAGAGAAAAGAAGAUAUACAUAAUAAUAAUAUAAACAAUAUAAACAAUAUAAACAAUAUAAACAAUAUAAACAAUAUAAACAAUAUAAACAAUAUAAAUAAUAUAAACAAUAUAAAUAAUAAAAUAACAUUCGUAAAUAUAUUUGAUGAAAAAAAAAAUCCAGAAAUUAUUUUUGAAAAAAGAAAAGGAUUAGAUCAAGAAGACAAAUAUUUCAAUUAUUUAGAAAGAAAAGCAAAUCAUAUGAAUAUUGAAUAUAAUAAUAAUAUGAACUUUAAUAAUAACACAAUGAAUAACAAUAUGAACAAUAAUAAUAAUAAUUUAAAUUACAACAAUUUGAAUGCUCAUUAUUUAAAUACAUUAGCUAUUAAUAACAAUAAUAAUAGAACAAAUAACGAAACAAAUAUAAUAAACGCCGGUGUAAAAAAAUAUUUCCUUGUAAAUGACAGAAACAGUCUUAUGAUAAACGAAGCAAAAAAUAAAUAUCUAGCACAUCGACCUCUUGAAGAUCAUAUGGAUAGAAAAAUUAAAAAAUUUGAACAAGAACAAUAUGAUAAAAUAUCCUCUUAUAAAGAAUAUAAAGACGAACCAAAUAGAAACAUGAAUAUAUAUGAAAGCAAUCGUAUUAGUAAUAAUUUUAACCCUAGUGGACCUAAUAAUAAUAUGAACACAACAAAAUAUUUAAAUCGACAAGAUAUUAAAGGAAUUAAGGAAGAUGAUAUAUAUGAAGAGCAUAAUAAACAAGAGGUAUCAUAUAACUCCACAGAUCAUCAUUCCAAAAAUAUUUUAAUAACUAAUGUGGUAUACCAAAAGGACAACACUAAUAUAAAUUGUGUGAAUAAUAUAAAUGGUGUGAAUAAUAUAAAUGGUGUGAAUAAUAUAAAUGGUGUGAAUAAUAUAAAUGGUGUGAAUAAAAUAAAUGGCGUGAAUAAUAUAAACAGUGUGAAUAAUAUAAACAGUGUGAAUAAUAUAAACAGUGUGAAUAAUAUAAAUAGUUCGAAUCAUAUAAAUAGUAUAAAUCAUAUAAAUAGUUCGAAUAAUAUAAAUAGUAUAAAUCAUAUAAAUAGUUCGAAUAAUAUAAAUAGUAUAAAUCAUAUAAAUAGUUCGAAUAAUUUCAGUGCUUAUUAUAAAACCUAUAUACAUAAUGACAUUUUUGGAGACCCAAACAAUGGAUUAAGGAACCCCCCUCAUGCCAGAAAAGAACAUAUCGAGGAUAAAGAUAAUAAUCAUAAAUACAUAAAGAAAUGCAUGAGAAUUACAAGUGAUGAAAAGAAUAUGGAAGACUAUAAAAAUAAUAAAGAUAUGAAUAAUAAAGACUCCUUAUUUAAAAUGAACCAAAAAAAUGUAUGUGUUGAAUGUAAUGAUAACUUGAUUAAAGGAAAUAAUAGCAACAACAGUUCUAUAUUUACCAGAGAACAUGUGCAUGUACAAGUACAUGCAAAUGGGCAUUCACAGAUUCCUGUAAAUAUUUUGAAUGAAAAAAAAAAUAAAGAUAAUAUUAUAAUAUUAAAUAAAAAAAUGAAAAAUAGUAAUAGCAUUAUAGAUAUAAUGGAUAAUGAUAAAAAUAAUGAAUGCAAAAAAAAUAUUUAUGUUGAUGUACAUAAUGUAAAUAUUUCGGAUAGUGAAAAGAAAAAGAGAGAUUCUGCUGAGGUUCCAUCUAAUAACGUCGAUGACAUAAAUAAUAAUAAUAGUUCUUCUUAUUAUAAAGAAAAUUGUUUUAAUAAUGAAAAUGUUAUAUAUGAUGAAGAAAAAAACAUUUUUAGAACCAAAGAAAAUACAAAUAUUAAAAUAUAUAGAAGGAGCUUAGAAAAAGAAAGAAUGUUAAAUUUCCCUUUAAUUCAUUUAGGAGAGAAUGAUGUUAUAGUUAAAAGAAUUAAAUUGUAUUAUCCUUUAAGAAAUAAGAAUGUCUUUACUAACAUUUCCAAAAUUAUUUUUAUGACAAAUACGAAUAUAUGUUCUUUAUAUAUAAGCGACUCUUUAUUAAUACAUUAUGAUAAUAUUAAAAUAAGUUCUUACUUAUCAAAAGGUGGUUUUGGUGUCGUAUAUAAGGGAAGCUUGAUAAGGAAGGUUAAGAGAAAUGAUAUGUUGUCGACUGAGGAUAUGGGAACGGAUGAGAGGGGUGAUUCAAGGUGUAAGAGGAAGGAUAAAAUUAAGGAAGAAAAUGAACAUGAUGAAGAGGAUGAUGAAGAGGAUGAUGAAGAGGAUGAUGAAGAUGAUGAUGAAGAGGAUGAAGACGAUGAUGAUGAUGAUGACAAUGACGAUGAUGACCAUAAGGAUGACCAUAAUAAUGAUAACCCAUAUAACUUACCCAUUGAUAGUGCAAAUAAAAAGUGUGCAAAAAAUAAAAUAAAAAAUGAGUAUGACGAUGAUUAUAUUAAAAACCUGUGUGAAGGGAAGUACAUAAGGGAUGCUGGAGAUGACAUAGAAUUUUUCAGUAUAAACAAUAAUAAGAAUGACAUGAAUGGUAACAUGAACAAUAAUAUGAAUAGUAACAUGAACAAUAAUAUGAAUAGUAACAUGAACAAUAAUAUGAAUAGUAACAUGAAUAGUAACAUGAACAAUAACAUGAACAGUAACAUGAACAAUAACAUGAACAGUAACAUGAACAAUAACAUGAACAGUAACAUGAACAGUAACAUGAACAGUAACAUGAACAGUAACAUGAACAGUAACAUGAACAAUAACAUGAACAGUAACAUGAACAGUAACAUGAACAAUAACAAUCCUUUUUAUAGAAACCGUAGUAGUGUUUAUUUUGACGAGUUUGAUAAGAACGGAGAAAAGAAUGGUAAAGAAAAUGAUUUAAAAGAUGAAAACAAUUGUAGUAUAAAGAAGAAAAAAAAGUGCUACAAUAAUGACACAUCAAAAUGUACCAAGAGCAAUAAGAAAUUAUGUUAUUUAAGAAAUCAGUUGAUAGAACAGUUUUUUGAUUCAUUGAAUUAUAAAAUAGAUCAGAAUGAAGAUUGUGUUGAUAAAUUAGAUGAUAAAGAAAAAUAUAAUUUUAAUUUAUCUACAAAUGGUGAUAAUUGUAUGUAUGAUCAUAUGUUAAGGGUAGGAAAGAAGGAUAUGGGUAUAUCGAAUGAUAAUAAGGGCAUAAGUAUAGUAGCGAAUAAUGUAUUAACAAGUAAUACUUGUCAUUUUGCUAAUAUUAAUAUAAAUAAUAAUAAUAAUAAUAUAAAUAUUAAAAAUAAUAAUAAUAAUAAUAUAAAUAUUAACCAUAAUAAUAAUAUAAAUAUUAACCAUAAUAAUAAUAUAAAUAUUAACCAUAAUAAUGGUAAUUUUAACUUGGGGGGAGAGAAUAACAUACUGAACAAUUUAGUACACUUAAACAAAUUAAGUGAGCUAAACAAAAAAAGUCUGGGCAUCCAAACAAACGAUCCUAAUAUUUUAGAUAAGGAACAUUUUUAUUACAAUGAUGAAAAGAAAAGUAAUAACCCUGUAGAGACAUCAAGUUAUAUUCAGACAUCGAAGAAUAACCAACAAUAUAUGAUAAAUGAACAGAAUAAUAUAGAUGAUAAUUAUUGUAACGAGAAUAAGGACAAAAUAAAUAAAUGUUGUUGUGGUAACAUAAAAGACGAAUGUUGUAAUCAAAAUAAUGAAUGUUGUUCAUCACAAUUUAAUGAAAUAAGACGAUUAAAAAAGAAAAUGUUAAAAUAUAUUUAUUCAGAUAAAAAGAAUGAUAAAAUAAUUAUUGAUAAGAAUGAAUUUUUUAAUGAAUUAGAUAAAAUAAUAUAUAAGAUGAAGAGUAUAAAUAAAGAUUUAGAAAAAAAACAUCAUGAAGAAAUUAUGUUAUAUUUAUUAUUAGAUGUAUAUCAUAAUAAUAUUGUAUAUAAAAAUAAUUAUGGAUUCUUAUAUGUAAAUAGUAAAAAUAUAAUAACAUAUGGUUUAACUAAAGAUAGCUUAUAUAUAUUUGAUAAUAAGAAUAUAUUUCAUUAUUAUAGUGAUAAAUGUAUAUUUAAAAUUAUAUUUAUAGAUGAACAUAAGGAAUUAUUAAAAUUUAAAAAUUUCACUGUAUUUAAUGUAUUAAAUAAUGAAAAAAUUGUAAAUAAUUCAUCUAUUUUAAAAAACGAAAUAGAUAAACAUAAAAAUGGAUUAAACAAACUAGCUAUUAUUCCUUUUAGCAAAAUGAGUAUAAAUAAUUUAUUGCAUGCACUUAUAUUUGGAUUUUUAAAAUUUCUUUUUAAUUUAAGAAAAAAGUAUCACAAACAACCAAAUGGAAAUUGUGCAUGUAAUAUGGAAGAUCAUAAUAUAAUAAAUAAUAUAGUAAUUGAAAAUAAUAUAAUAUAUAAUAAGAAGGAUCCAAGUUCUAUUGUAUCAUCUAAUAUGAAGGCUUCUUCUAACGAAUCUCAUAACAACCUUUUGGUAUCUCCAUGUAGUGUAGAAAAAGGUGAUCAUAAUAUAAAUAAUAAUAUAUAUAAUAAUAAAUACAACCACCAGACAAAUUACAAUUUAAUUAUUAACGAUAGUAAUAUGCAAAAUGUUUCAAGUAAUAUGGACCAUUAUAUAAUGUGUAAUUGUGAAGUUGCUGAUACUGAUGACAAAAAGAAAGGAUUUCAAACUAAUAUAAAUUGUAUUAAUGAAAAGAACCAUAUGGAUAAAUAUAACAACAAUAAUAAUGAAGAUAAUAAUAAUAAAAAAAAUACCAACAAUAGUAAUAAUAUUGUUAAUAAUAAUAUUAUUAAUUGUGCUGCUCAGGGUCACAACAAAAGUAGUAAUAAUCAAGAUGAUAAUAAUAAUAAUAAUAAUAAUAAUAAUAAGAAUAAGAAUAAUCUUAAUCGUCAUAAUAUAAACCAUGAUAAUUUUCUCAAUAAUCAUAUUAUACAUGGAGCAGAUGAUCAUCAUUCUAUGAUUCCAAAAAAUGUAGUAGAAAAAAUAGAUAACAAAGGAAAAAUUAAUUCAAGUAAUUGUCUUAUUAGUAGUACCCUUAUAAACACAAAUAACUCAGACGAAUCCAAAACAACUAUGCUUUUAAACCUCUCAAAGAAUAAUAAAAAUAUUUCAAAAGAAUAUAUUAUUAACGAAAAGGAAUAUACAUACUCUCCAAAAAUUAACGACAAAGAAGAACAACAACCCCAUAUACUAUCUCCAGAAUGUAGUGCAAAAACAGAACUCAAAGGGAAAAUCAAAAAUAAAGAAAAUAAUAAUAAAUCUGAUAAGAAAAAAAAGAAGAAAAAACAAAAGGAAGAUGAAAAAAAUAAAACUAAAGGUAAAAAGAUGGAAGAGCAUAUGAACAAAAAUAACAACAAAAAUAAAAAUCACAUUAAUCAUGAUGGUGAUGAUGAUGAAGAUAAUGAUGGUGAUGGUGAUGAAGAUAAUGAUGAAGAUAAUGAUGAUGUUCGUGAUGUUGCUUGUGAUGUUGCUUGUGAUGUUGCUUGUGAUGUUGCUUGUGAUGUUCCUUGUAAUGUUCCUUGUAAUGUUCCUUGUAAUGUUCCUUGUGAUGAUGGGGAUAGUCACAAAUGUACCAAGAAUAAUAUAAAAAAAAGCGUAAAAAAACAAGAAAAUAAAGAAAACAAGAAUAAUAACAAGUUCGAUGAUAACCAUAGUACGACUCAUCACGAUAGUGAAGAAAUAAUAUAUAUGAAAACACCAGUUGCUAUAAAAAUACAUGAUUUAAAAGAUAGUAAAAAUCUAAAAAAUUUCUUAAGAGAAAUAGAAAUAUAUAAAAAUAUACAACGUCCAAAUAUAUGUACCUUUUAUGGUAUAUGUAUAAAAUCAAAUAAAUUAAUGUUAUUAUUAGAAUAUUAUGCAAAAGGAAAUUUAUUUAAUUUUUUAAAAAAUAAAAAUAAAAUACAUAAAAAACAAAGAUUAGAAUGGGCCAUACAAAUAUCAUGUAUUGUACAUGAAUUACAUGCACACAAUCCACCUAUAAUAAAUGGAGAUAUAAAAACAUCAAACAUAUUAAUAGAUGAUGAUAUGAACCUAGUCAUGUGUGAUUUUGGUAAAGCAAGAUUUAAAAAUACAAAACUAUAUAGUAAUUUUGGAUCCUACAGAUAUAUGGCACCUGAAACUUUUAGUUGUACAACAGAAGUUACAGAAAAAAUUGAUAUAUGGAGCGCAGCAUGUUGUAUUGUGGAAAUAUUUUCAAGUAAAUAUCCUUAUUAUAAUUUAACCAAAAAUGUUAAAAUCAGACAUGACUUGUUGGUUAAUAAAAAGACACCUCAUAUACCAAACUUCUUACCGAAUUCGAUAAAAAAAUGUUUGCAGAAAUGUUUCAGUUUUCAGCCUGAGGAUAGACCAACAGCAUAUGAAAUGUAUAAGUCCCUCAAAAAAAUAAAGGUCGUAGAGUGA